GACGUAGUGCUUUCCUCUCCGCAGUGCGUCUGCGUGUCCAGACGCGGGCGUGCUGGGCUGUACAGUCUGGUGCUUUCAGCAGAUUUCGCGCCGCAGUUCCUGGGCUCCUUCAUUGAUAAUCAGUAGCGGAUCACACUGCCACGCAGCAAGAAGAGAGGAAUCGAAAGUGAGACGAUCGGCUCCCGGCUGCUCGGCACCCAGCCGCUUGGCUCCCGACCGACUUCCUCGCCGUUUCGUCCCGACCCAGAGAAGCUGAAUUUAUAAUCUCCAGUGGACUGAGCCGCCAUUUGUUUUCCUGCUUGGGAUUGUCUGACUUUCUAUGCCGAAAAUCACUCCGCAAGAGCCGCCAUUUGCUUUCCUGCUGGCCCGCAGGUUUACUCUGUCUGCAUUGCACGGCAGCGGCACCUAGAGGUUGGAACUUGGCAUUGCAUCUAAUAAUACUUAAGUGAACUUAAAUGCAUGAAUAAACCCGUGUGUUAAUAGCGACUGGUGUUCCAGCACAGCACAUUCAGAGAAAAGACUUGGGGCUUAAUUAAAAAUUAAGACAAAUAGCCGCUUAGCUUGUGUUCUGCUUCUCUGUUCUGCUUAGCUGCUGUUAUACUUGGAGCUCUAGUUAAAAAGAUUUCAGUUCAUAAUAGUGGUCUUUUUUAACUCUUUCAGUAGCUUGAACUUUUUAGUGCAACAAGUGUUUAUUAGAGAAGUGAAUCACAAAGAAGUAAAGAUGAGUAAGAGCAAAGAUGAUGCUCCUCAUGAACUAGAGAGCCAGUUUAUCUUACGCCUACCUCCAGAAUACGCCUCUACUGUGAGGAGGGCAGUACAGUCUGGCCAUGUCAACUUGAAAGACAGACUGACCAUUGAGUUACACCCUGAUGGGAGGCAUGGAAUUGUCAGAGUGGACCGGGUUCCAUUGGCCUCAAAAUUGGUAGAUCUGCCCUGUGUUAUGGAAAGCCUGAAAACCAUUGAUAAAAAAACUUUCUACAAGACAGCGGAUAUCUGUCAGAUGCUUGUAUCCACAGUUGAUGGUGAUCUCUAUCCUCCUGUGGAGGAACCAGUUGCUGCUGCUGAUCCCAAAGCAAGCAAGAAAAAAGAUAAAGACAAAGAGAAAAAGUUUGUUUGGAACCAUGGAAUUACUCUGCCUCUAAAAAAUGUCAGAAAGAGAAGGUUCCGGAAGACAGCAAAAAAGAAGUAUAUUGAAUCUCCAGAUGUGGAAAAAGAAGUGAAGCGUUUGCUGAGUACGGAUGCUGAAGCUGUCAGUACUCGUUGGGAAAUAAUUGCUGAAGAUGAAACAAAAGAAACAGAAAAUCAAGGCCUUGAUAUCUCAUCUCCAGGAAUGUCUGGCCACAGGCAGGGCCAUGACUCAUUAGAACAUGAUGAGCUUCGAGAGAUAUUCAAUGACCUCAGCAGCAGCAGUGAAGAUGAAGAUGAGACACAGCAUCAAGAUGAAGAAGAUGUAAACAUCAUUGAUACUGAGGAAGAUCUGGAGAGACAGCUACAGGACAAGCUAAAUGAGUCAGAUGAGCAGCACCAAGAAAAUGAAGGAACCAAUCAGCUGGUUAUGGGAAUUCAGAAACAGAUUGAUAACAUGAAAGGCAAGCUCCAAGAGACCCAGGACAGGGCAAAACGACAAGAAGAUCUCAUCAUGAAAGUGGAAAACCUGGCUCUCAAGAACAGGUUUCAAGCUGUGCUGGAUGAACUCAAACAAAAAGAAGACAGAGAAAAGGAACAACUUAGCUCUUUGCAAGAAGAGCUAGAAUCACUUCUAGAGAAGUAAAGAAUGUUGACAGUUAAUUUCAGUCUUCAGACUGGUUAGGUUAGAAAAAUCUUGGUUUCUUCAGUUGGACU